UCGUCACCAGAGGAGCGCAACUUAUCGAAAUGUUGUCACAAUAUGUGGAAGAAUUGGAACAGGAUCCUUUCGAGGUGGAGGAAUUUAUUGAGCGGUUGUGCUGGCGAACGAACAACGAAAUUGGUUCAGAUCAGUUUGACCCGGACCUGCUGUAUGAAACUUUUGUCGAAACUAUUAAGGACAUGAAGAUCCUGCAGGAACGGCAGCAGCGCAAAUGUGACAAGCUAGAAGAAGCACUGAAGGAAGAGCAGGCCAUCUUCGUUAAGGCUAUCGAUAAGUUCGUAGCCAAACACCAGGUUUCGGUCGAUUACUUUCAUCAGUUAGAUGAGAAAAUCAACUCGGUGGCUGGAAAGGUAAUCCACCUUGGGGAGCAGCUCGAGAACGUAAAUAAUCCAAGGAGUCGAGCCGUGGAGGCACAGCUGCUGCUGAACCAUAUGACCGAGUUUCUUACACCGGGCCCAAUCGUGAACGAUAUCUACAGCGACAAGACCAAACUGUACGAGGCGGCCGAUAUUAUACAGAAACUGUUCCAAAUAUCGCAAGAUCUACCGGCGCAACGGUUUGCAAACGCGAAGAAGAAGAUCGAAUCCAAGUACGACGACAUCGAGAUGCAGCUGAUCGAAGAGUUUGCCACAGCACAGAAGACGGAGAACAUCGAGCGGAUGAAGGAACUUUCGGAUAUACUUUCCCAGUUUAAGGGCUACACGCAGGUGAUCGACGUCUACAUAGAACAGAGUCAAGCGACGACCUACGGUGGGAGGGAUGUGUUCGAGGGCAUUGUUCCGAUGUGCCACAAGCACUAUAAAAUCAUCCAGCAGGUGUUCAGCGCUCCAGACAAAGUUAUCAGUAAGUUCAUUCUGAACAUUUACCAGCUGAAGAUCAAUCAGUUUGUGCAGACAAAACUGGAUGAUCGUAAGGACGAGCAUAAGUAUCUCAAAACCCUCUCGGAGCUGUACUCGCGCACGUUGAAGUUGAGUGCAGAGUUGCAAGACUUCUUCAAAGGUUCCGACGAUGAUCUACUGCAGAAACUGACGGCAAACAUAUUCGACCGCCAUUUGGCCACAUACAUCGAGGUGGAGAACCGCACGCUGGAUGGAAAGUGUCAGGUGGAGUUGAAGAAAUUUUACGAGAACAAAAAUCACCAGAAAAAGCAAAUCGAACGUUUCCAGGAGCUAAGGCGCGACAUGCAAGCGCUGAUUGGAGCCCGGGCUAACAUAAACAUUGCUCAGAUUGAGGAUUAUGGUGGAGAAACUUUCCUGUCGGAGGAACUGGCCAUCAAUCUACUGCAGCAAUCGUCGCACGCGUUCGAAAGGUGUUGUUUGUUGUCGAAGGAAAACGAUCUACCGCGCAAUAUUUUGAAGCUGACGGACAUUUUGUUGCGGUAUCUUCUUCACGAACACUGCGAUUACGCGCUCGAUCUUGGACUUCAAGCGAUCCCAAUAGCUGAGUGCAAAAGCGUACCACAAAUCUACUUUUUCGAUGUUGCCCAAAAGUGUAACGCGAUCGUACAUCUGCUUGAGAAGACCUACAAUGCCAGUGUCAUGCCUAACGUGAUUGGAACGCCGCAGUACACGGAUUGUAUUCAAAAAAAGCGAUCCUACCUGGAGACGGUGGAGAAUAAAAUUGAAACGGGAUUGGAGCGUACGUUAAAUGCAAUCUUCGGAUGGGUCAAAACGUACCUGGCGAGCGAGCAGAAAAAGUCCGAUUUUAAACCGGAUACCGACGUUGAUACGGUUGCAUCGAACGCCUGUCUGGCCGUGGUGCAAUACUUGAACCCGUUGAUCGGGCUAAUCCAGAAAACAAUCGAUGGAGAAAAUUUGGCUGCCGUUUUGACCGAAUUUGGCGUUCGGUACCAUCGGGUGAUCUUCGAACACCUGCAGCAGUUCCAGUACAACACCGCUGGUGCCAUGUGUGCUAUUUGCGAUGUUAACGAGUACCGGAAAAGUGCCCGCGUGCUGCAGAGUCCUCUAGUGACACAAUUGUUUGAUGUGCUGCACGCUCUAUGCAAUCUGCUGCUGGUCAAGCACGAAAAUUUGCAGGAAGUAUGUGGAGGAGAAACGUUAAACUAUCUCGAUAAGUCGGUGGUGAUGAAUUUCAUUCAACUCCGAAGUGACUACAAAACGAUUAAAAUCUCCAACUCGCUGAAGGGUAUAUCGGAUCAGAGAAUCGUGUGAAUGGAACCAACGUAUCCACGGUGGCCAUAUGGAUACCUACAGUUCAAGUUCGUCGAUGAGAUUCGUGACACAGUGAGCCACUGUGAUGACAUGGCGAUUGGUUAUCAGCGACCCGGCGCAACGAUAAGUGACUCUUCCGGAA